UAAUAGAAAUUGUAGGUUGAAUACUCGUAUUAGGUUUGCGAAAAGACUAAUGUAGCCUGUUCUCUUCUCCCACAUUCUUAACACACACAACUACGCGAAGGUUGUUGUGAAGGUGGAAUUAAGAUCAGUUUGAAUUGAGUUCGUUCCUUUGUCUCCUCACUUCACUCUCUCUCUCUCUCUUGUCUCCUCCAUACAGAGUUGCACAUUUCCCUCCUGAUAUUACAAUCUACCAGGUUAAAAUGGAGAACCCAGAAGCAAAUCAGCUUCCUGAAGUGGAUUCAUUGCCAGAUGGAUUUGUUGAGAGCUCGUCAGAGCCACUGGCUCCUCCAACUCCCACCUUUGAACAAGAGAAGCCUCCGGGCAAUCACGAGGAUGAUAAUGCCUCGGAGAUGGAUCGUUCGAAGGAGCGUGUGGAUGAAUUGGGUGCAAAUGAGUUGCAAACGAGCCAGGAUAAGGGAGAGAAGACACCCAAACUGAGAACCUUUCCUGUUCCAUUAUCGGAAACUGAUAGUUUUGAUGCUUCAGUAGAGUCAGUUGAAGUUCCGAAGAAGGCUUCUACGGAGCAGACAGCAGAAGGUUCAGUAGUUGUGCCUGGGUCGGUUGAUUCUGCGUCUGAGGCUGCAAUUCAGGCAUCUGGUUGCAGUGAAGUAAAGGAACAAGUUGAAGCAAAAUGUGAAAGUUCAGAGAGACCAAUUGAAGUAGGCUUGGAUGCACCGACAACCAAUCUAAAGGAAAUAUCUGCUUCGGAGAGUGUUGAAAAAACCAAAAAACCAGAUACAACUGAAACCAAACGGAAAAAUCCAAAGCGGACCUUUAAAUCAGAGAAGGAGUUUAUAGAGUUCACUUUGAAGUAUCAACAAGUUCUUGCAGAGAGAGAUGGAGCCAUUGCUGUUCGAGAUAAGCUUGAGUCGUUGUGUAGAGAGUUACAACGCCAGAACAAAAUGCUAAUGGAUGAAUGUAGACGGGUGUCAACAGAGGGCCAAAACUUGAGAUUAGAGUUAUCAACCAAGUUCCAAGAUGCAAUAAAGGAUGUGAGCAAAAAGCUAGAUGAACAGAAGGAUGAAUGUAUCUCUCAGCUAAAGGAGAAUGAAAUGUUAAGUACCAAACUACAGCAGCUCACCCAUCAGUAUGCUCAUUCUGAACAGCAAUAUGAAACGAAGUUGAAGCAAAAAUCAUUGGAGCUUCAAAUUGCUGAUUUGAAGAUUAGGCAGCAUGAAGAGAAAUUAAUCCAGGAACAGUCCCAGAUGAAAUUAUAUGCAGAACAGGUGUCACAAUUACUAUCAACUGAAAAGAAUUUGCGGUUGCAGUUGACGGCUGAUGGGGAAAAAUUCCAACAAUUCCAGGAUGCAUUGUUGAAAAGCAAUGAAGUUUUCGAAACAUUCAAACAGGAGAUUGAAAAGAUGGCAAAGUCUAUCAAGGAUCUCAAGAAGGAAAAUGUGUUCUUGAAGAGCAAAUGUGAUAAGACAGAUGUUACUCUUAUAGAACUCGUAGAUGAGCGUGAGCGGUUGAAGAAACAGUUAGAGAAAACAAAGAAUCAGAAAGAAAAGCUCGAAUCCUUAUGCCGGUCACUUCAAGCAGAAAGGAAACAGAACUCUACCGAGAGCAACACCUCCGAUGCACUUCCACUUUCAUCAUGAGUACCAACAUGUUCAACUAUGUAUCUUAAACUCCGACCCUUCCAAAUGUUUUUUGUUUUUCUCAUGCCUUGUUUACAAGAAACCGGAAAAAGAGCCCAUCACCGAAUUUACUGAGUAUAAUUUCACCAUCAUUUGUUUUAACCAACAUUUGUACUACUGAGAAAACUGGUCUGUAUUUCAUUCAUCCCAAAUCUCAAAAUCGGGAUCGUUUUUAUUCA